UUCAUUUCUAAAUAGAUACUCAAUGUGCUUGUACCAUACACAACCGCUUUUCCGUAGAUAUUAAAAGUAAUACCAAUAACAUAACUAUAAAAUCAACAAUAUCUUAAUUUUCUUAGUAUAAUCAAAAGAAUAUUGAAAUUUGUUUGUUUUUUUUUCAAAGUUUAAUUUUAAAAUAAUAGUUUUUUUGUAAAUCUGUCGUGUUACUCAGUUAAUAGAUGCUUAGCGAGUGGUGGGUGUUAUCGUUGAUAGUGUCUGUAGUCGGCGGACACGCGCCUUGUCAACAAUCAUACGGCGGUUGCAGAUACAACGAGCCUUUCGUUCCUGCGCCCGUUGGUCAAAUUCCCAGGUGCGUUUAUCAUUAUAAUGGUGACGUCACGUAUUGUGAGAAUAUAGACAGAUAUCCCGAGCGACUGAUAAGCUAUUUAGUGACCAAAGUAGACAAAAACUUUAAAACUUUUUUUAACGAAGAGAAAUUAAGCGACAAUCCGUAUUCAUAUAGUAAAAAUUAUCAAUAUAAUGAGACAAACAUAGACUUUGCUGGAUACCCAGAUAGAAGGUAUAACUUACCACAUGUUUCAUUGACCCAAAGUCCUCCUCCUUUAGGAAAUCAGCAGUGGAAUUCUAACCCAGUUGAAAGUGGUUACAAAAGACGUAAAAGACAAGUUGAACAAGAUCAGUUGUGCCAAGUUAACAUAAACAAUGUCUAUCCGAGGGCUGCAUUGAACACUCAAGGUGAAUGGAAAUACGUAGUCAACAUGGUCCGAACACCUUCUGAUAUGUAUACACAGUCAAUCAGAUCGGAAAUCUGUGCAUCUCCAGAUCAGCCUUGCAGUGGAAUUUGCGAAACUCCUUUCGGGUAUACUACAACGUGUAAGCAGAAAUAUGUCCAAAAACGGUUGGUAGCAUUGCAAGGGACAGGAGAUAAUUUGUACAUAGACGUUUUCUGGUUUCCACACUGCUGCUCUUGUACUAUUGGCAGAGUUUAACAAAAAAAUAAAUAAAAAAUACAUAAACGGUUUUUAUG